AUGGGGCCUCUGGGCAAUAGGGGAUCAUGAAGCCCCUGUGUCCUCGCCCACACCGAAAAAAGCCUAUGAAAACGCCAAUGAAAGGAACCAGGGGCAUCUCAUGGGGCCCCCUACUGACCCCGGGCCCUCGGGCAGUGCCCGAGCGCUCAAAUGGUCAGUUCGCCCCUGCGACACUGACUGGUGACAGUAUGAAAAAAAAAAAUAUAUAUAUAUAUAUUUUUUUUUGUUUAAUUUUUUUUAUAUUUAAUUUUUUAUUACAUUUUUUUUUAUUUUUUUUAAGAUUUUUUUUCAUAUUUUACUAUGACCAAAAUAGUACAAUGUUACCAUAGUAACACUGUACUACUUUGGG